AUGUCCCAGACGGCCACCUCGACGCCAGUCGCAGCGGCGUCCUCUGCACCAGCGCCGCCAGCUGCGCCUGCCCCAGAACCCACUCCCAUGGUUCACGUCCGCGUUCUUAUCAUCUCGGGGCAGAACCACACCUUCUCGUUCGAGCCAGAGACCACUGUCGGGCGCAUGAAGGAGUUGAUUUGGAGCAUGUGGCCUUCUGAAUGGACAUCACCGGCACAACCGCCCAACCCCUCCUGGCUGCGAGUACUCUACGCCGGCCGCGUGCUGAGCGACGACUCGACCUUGACCAGCAACAACCUCCCAGCCUCCAUGACAGCGUCGCUGCCUACCGUGAUCCAUCUAUCGGUUCGCUCGUUCUCGAUCCGCGGCGAAGAUGAUGCAAAGAAGGGCCUCCACCGUAUCUCAACCCGGACGUCCACGCACCGCAACCAGCAUAGCGAGGAGGACGUCGGAGGGUGCAGCUGCGUGAUCAUGUAA